AUAGGUGAAACCGCCCCUUGUUUUGCUCUGCUUGUAUUUACAAUUUACAUAAGCCCCUUGUUUAGUUCUUAACUCCUAAUUUUAAAUCACCACUUAACUUUCCCAUAUAUAUAUAUGAAUCAACACUAACCCAUCAACACAAAUCACAACAAUUUCAUACACUUUUACUAUAUCAUAUAUUCAAAAAAAUUCAGACUCAACAAAGGUACUUAAAUACUAUAAAAUGAGUGCAGCAACAAGAGCAUGGGUAGUAGCAUCAAGCAUAGGAGCAGUGGAAGCUUUAAAAGACCAACUUGGUGUAUGCAGGUGGAACUAUGCUUUUAGGUCACUUCAUCAACAUGCUAAGAACAAUAUUAGAUCAUACACUCAGGCUAAGAAAUUGUCAUCUGCUUCUUCUGCUGCUGUUUCCAACAAGGUGAAAAGAACCAAGGAAGAAUCUAUGAAGAAAGUCAUGGACUUGAAUUGUUGGGGUCCUAGUACUGCAAGGUUUUAAUAUUGUGGACUUUGAAUUGAUGCUAAUUUAUGAUGUUAUUGUAUUGUAAUAAUUUAUUAAUUAAAUAUUUUGGUGCAAGUUUAUUUUUUAUUUUUUUAUAAUUAAGCAUUUAGGUGAGUUGAUCUGAAGUAUUACCAAGGUGAUUGCAUGCCUCAAACUUAAAGAGCGGUAGCAAAGUACUUAAUUAAAAAUCAUGCUCCUUUCAUUUAGCUGAAAGUUAGAUAUUAUGUAACCAAGAAAAAAGAGAAUUGAGAUAUAGUUUCCAUAUUUUAUUUGUCUA